UGUUGUUUCAAAUGAUACUCGUAACAUGGAUUCUUCAGAUACUGAAGAGAAUGAAAUGAUCGAAAAUUCAGAGACAACUCAAAACUAUCGCCGCCGUUCUAAAUCUACAAGUUCAUCGUCCAGUAGUUCUUCCAGUAGCUCCUCGUCAUCAUCUUUUGUAGAAGAUAGCGAUGACUCAGUUAAAGAUCCAGAUUAUCAAGAGUUACGUGAAAAAUCAAAAUUCAGAUUUACACUAGCUGAAUUUAGUGAAAUUCCAAUGACAUCUGAAAGGAACUCUCAAGAAAUAAACCAAAAUGAAAACAUGUCUACCGUCGCAAUAAAUGAAAAUACACUACCACAAGAUUUAUUGUAUCAGUCAAACACAGCUACAACUGAAAAUCAAACUCCAAACUCAAAUGAAGUUGAAAUAGUUCAGACGCCUACAAAAAAGGGAAAGAAACGGCCAAGACAGGAAAGUGAUUGGAAGAAAAAUGUUGCAAAAAAUUUGAGAAAUUGUGGUAAGUCCUACGUAUCAUCUAAAACUAAAAAAUUAAUGCCUGAACGAAUACUUAAGCCCCCUUGUAAAGAAACCUGUAAAUUUAAAUGCCGAUCCCUCAUUAAUGAAACCCAACGCCAAGAAAUUCUAAAUGAUUACUGGAAUUUGGGUGAUAUUGAAAGACAAUGGUCAUUUAUACUUCAGUCCAUUGAUGAAGUAAAGCCAGUACAACGUUAUGUUAGAAUUGAUGAAAAUGGAACUCCAGCACCGAAACGAAACAAUAAUAAUGCAUUCUUUUUUACUCUGCAAGGCGUAAAAAUAAGGGUUUGCAAGGACUUCUUUCGAAACACUCUGGCAAUAAAUAACCGACCUAUAGAAACUGCACUAAAGAAGAAAAAUAAAGAUACAAACAUCUCUUUAAUCAAAGAUAAACGUGGGUGUCACUCUAACCAUGCCCACGUAGAUGACGCAUUGAAGAAUGGUGCAAAAGGUUUCAUUGAAGCUAUCCCUAAAAUUGAAUCUCACUAUUUGCGAGCUAAUUUAAAAAGACAUUACAUUGACGGAAGUAAGACUAUUUCGGAUAUUCACAGAGACUAUGUAGAACAAUGCAAGACUAAUAAUGUUGGUUUUGUUAAUUAUAUUAUGUUUUAUCGAAUAUUCACACAAGAAUUCAAUAUAUCUUUCUUUAUCCCUAAAAAAGACACCUGUGAGUUUUGUGAGGCUUACAAAAAUAGCACUGAAGAAGAAAAAGAAAUGAAGAAGGAAAGUUACUUAAAACACCACCAAGAAAAACUUUUAUCACGAAAUGAGAAGGAAAAGGAUAAGAAUGAUGAUAAUAUAGUUGUUGCAGUUUAUGAUUUACAGGCAGUAUUUCAGUGCCCUAAAGGAGAAAUAUCUGUAUUCUAUUACAAAUCAAAACUGAACGUACUGAAUCUGACAAUUUACGAUAUUAAAAAUCACUCUGUCGAAUGUUAUGUAUGGGACGAAUCACAGGCUCAUAGAGGUGCCAACGAGAUUGCCACAUGCGUUUUUAAAUAUAUAAAAAAUAUUUCAGAGGGUGGCAAACCAGUUGACGUUGUUUUUUACUCUGAUAAUGCUGCUGGACAGCAGAAGAAUAAGUUCACGAUGGCUAUGUAUCUUUAUUCUGUGCAGAACUAUCCAAAUAUAAAGUCUAUCACUCAUAAAUUUCUCAUUAAGGGGCAUACCCAAAACGAAGGCGACUCAGUUCACUCUCAGAUUGAACGGCAAGUGAAAAGGCAGUUGAGAUCUGGACCUAUAUAUACCCCUGAAGGUUUCAUAGGCGCCAUAAAAGCAGCCAGAAAGAAAUCUACGCCGAUUCACGUCAACGAAAUCUGUUAUAGUGAUAUUUGCGAUUGGAAAGCUGUAAUAAGUAAAGUAAAUUUCGUGCUUCAAAAGGAUGAAGAUAAAAAUGCCAUUAAAAUUUCAGAGAUAAAAGUGUUUAAGCUCCUGAAAGAUGAGCCUGAUACAUUAUACUUCAAAACUUCUUACGCUGAAGAAUUCAAAAGAGCUAUCAUAAUAAAAAAGAAGGUUGAUUUUAACUUUCCCCUCAAGAAGGCUUUUGACAGAAAACCUGGUUUAGCUGAAAAGAAGAAAGAAGAUAUAUUUUCUCUGCUGAAUAGUAAUCACAUUCCUGAAUACUACAGAUCAUAUUUUGAAAGUUUGUAGCUUUUUAUUAACCUGAUUAAUUAAGAUAAGGAGUACUUUUUUUGUCUGAAGACUGAAUUAAUAUAGUUUUUGUUAAAAGUUUAUUAUUAGAAUUUUUAAUUUUGAUAUCAGUAUUUUUUCAUUUUUGA